UAUUGAUGUCUCUGAGUUCAUUUGAGUAAUAAUUCUAUGGAGUGGACAUAUUAUCUUAGAAAGGAUAACAAGCUGUCUAUUUGUUUAUUUAUAUGUGCGUAAAUUAACCACACGCUUUAAUAGCAUGGUUAUAUUUAGUGCUAUGUUGUUUGAGUGAAGUUUAUAAACCGUGACUAAGUGAAAUGUACUUGAAAAUGGCCGACUUAACUUAAAAUAAUUACGUAGAAAUUACUCAUCAAACUCUAACUAGCAAUGUUAAAUUUACUUAUUUUCUUUGGUAAUUUUAAAUAAGAUAACUAGGAUUAUUGUGUAGUAAAAUAUAUAAACAAACAGUCAAUACAAUUUACUGGGAGAUUCCAAGUAAACUUUACUUGAGAUUUUCUAAUUAAAGCUACAGUUCUUUGUGUUUAGUUUUUACUUGGGAAUUCUAUUGAAAUUACUCACAUUUUCUAAGUGAAAAAACUUUCCUAACUUUUUUCAAGUAAAUCCUACUCCAAAUUGUUUUCAGUGUAGGCCUAGUGGAAAAAAUAAAUUGAAGUUCACAAUUGAAGUUCCCUUUAAGAGGCACGUGCCUCAAGUAAUAGCGCUUCAAAUGAAUGUUUGUUUAAAGGGUUCGAACAGAGUCGCAAGACGAGCACUAAUUAAUUUGCCAUGGCGCUGCACUUUACAAAAUAACACCGAAUUCCUCCUGUUGUAGACAAAACGAGGGUCUCGUUUGAUAAAGAAGCUGAAGUAGUCGCUCCUGUGUGAAAUCAGAUGCAAAUUCCUCCUAAAAUGCAUCUUUAGAAAAACAAUCAUUUAGACUCGGAACCCACCGUUACAAAUGCUAGCAAGUCUAUACAAUAUUUCUCACCUUGGGAUGACAUUUUUAAGGGGUCUUACUUGAGACGGCCUCACUCACUAUACCACGGAUGCUUUGGACACAUAACGCUCCAAAGGGAAGCUUCCAAGUCGUUUUCGUAUUAGAAUACAACAGACCUGGAGAAUUGUGAUCAUUUUCGUCUUUCGCACCGAGCAUGGAGGAACUGGCCCGGGAGAGUAUACGCAGCAUCAGUCUGCUGUCCAGGCCUGCGCGGGGUUCGGACGUACCGCGACUCGGAUCGUUUGGGGCCAUUUUCAUCAUGCUCAAAUCAGCCCUCGGCGCGGGACUCCUUAACUUUCCAUGGGCUUUUGAGAAGGCUGGCGGCGUGAACACAGCCAUCACUGUGGAGAUGGUGUCUCUGGUAUUUCUCAUAAGUGGGUUGGUCAUUCUUGGCUACGCCUCAUCAAUCAGUCGGCAGAAGACGUAUCAUGAUGUGGUACGCGAGGUGUGUGGACAGAGGAUCGGCCAUCUGUGUGAGAUCUGCUUUGUUUUCAACCUCUUCAUGAUCUCUGUGGCCUUUUUGGUGGUUGUGCAGGAUCAGCUGGAUAAGCUGUGUCUGUCUCUGUACGAGACAGUGACGGGAAAUACAGGAGAGAUGCCAUAUCACUGGUACACAGACCACCGUUUUGCACUCUUUGUCAUGUGCCUCAUUAUCAUCCUUCCACUCUCUGUACCCAAAGAGAUCGGCAUCCAGAAAUACACCAGUGUAUUGGGAACUUUGGCUGCUACAUACCUGAGUGUAUCUAUAAUCGCAAAAUAUUACCUAAAAGAUGAGCACACAGCAGACCUCACACCAGAGCACAGUCAAGGACUGGACUCGUGGGCCUCCAUGUUCAGUGUGGUCCCUACUAUCUGUUUUGGUUUCCAGUGUCAUGAAGCUUGUAUUGCUAUAUACAGCAGCAUGGAAAACAAAAAGAUUACACACUGGAUUUUCAUCUCAGUCACUUCUAUGAUUUUUUGCCUGCUUAUUUAUACUCUCACAGGUGUGUUUGGUUUUCUUACAUUUGGACGGGAAGUAGCCUCAGAUAUCCUGAUGUCAUAUCCUGGAAAUGAUGUAGUGAUGAUUAUUGCUAGGCUGCUGUUUGGGAUUUCAAUCAUCACUAUCUAUCCUAUAAUACUGCUGCUGGGAAGGUCAGUGAUUCUAACUCAAAUAUUGCGCUUUUGGGAACGACGGGCAAUAAUUACAUCUGUGUUUGAGAGUCGGUGCCGUCUGGUUCUAACAAUUCUCUGGAUCACUGUGACUCUCCUCAUCGCCAUCUGCGUACCAGACAUGAGUGAGGUCAUCAGCGUCAUCGGGGGAAUUAGCGCUUUCUUUAUAUUUAUUUUUCCUGGGCUGUGUCUCAUUUUUGCCAUGCAGACAGAGCCUAUAAAUCACAGGAUGAGAGCUCUCUUGACAGGGUGGGGUGUGGUGACUGUCGUUACUGGAGCCUUUAUCUUUGGCCAGAGCACAACUAUAGCUGUUAUGGAGCUGACGCACAAAUUUUAAUCUUCGUCAUGGUCUUCAUUAUUUGGAAUAUCAUUGUCUUGCCAAAAUGUGUUUAUAUAUUUGAUUGAUGAAUGAUAAACAGUAUGAUACUUGAAACUGGGGAAGAGUAGCAACUACAUACUUUUUAGAAGAAAAUAUCACACCACAGUGCCUUAUGCUUGUAUUCCUGUUACUGCUCAGUUUGAUAUGUUGUGUGUGUUUGUGCGUGUGUGACUAAGAAAAUGUGUUGGAGGAUUUUCGUUUAGGCUAUAUAUUUAUUAUAUUGUGUAGGUUUAGACAAGAAGAGUAGAUUUAUUUAAAUGUGUUAUAUGGAAUGAAUUUUGAAUAUUGAAGUAUAUGAAUACUACGGUGCCCGCGAGGUGACAUGGUCGGUUCACUUGUGUCUUGGCCUCGAGAUGUUAUGUUCAGGGAACCACAUAUUUUUAUUGUGGCCACGAGUUCAAUGCGUAAACAAACCUGCGUGACCAUAGUACCCCGGGAUUAUCAGAUAUUAUCAUAAAACAUUUUUAUUAACAUUAAACGAUAAUAAUAAUAAUAAUAAUACAUUAACUUAUAGGGGUAUAUUUUUAUAUUUGUUAUAUGCUUAUUAAUUUCCCCUUUCAAUUUGGUGUAUCGCUUUACCUAGUUAACGUUUUGUGUAAUUAUGCUAUAUUUGCUAGCCUAUAUUUUACAAAUACUGUGAACGCUUGACAAUUAUGCCAAUAAAGUUUUGACUUUAUGAUUGUAUUUAUGACCGUGUGUGAUGAUAAAUGAGCGUGUUGUGUUUUCAUUUACAAAUGAAAUUACGUGAAUGAUUAAUUCCUCAACGAAAAUAUAGUAUUUGUAAUUAUGGUCUAUUACUAUAAAAUGAAAUAUUCUAUGUUCGAUUUAAACUGCAUUCCAGUAAAAAUUCCAGUCAGCGUAAUCAAAGCUUUAUUGGCAUGUCGAGCACUUACAGUAGGCUUAUUUACAGUUCAGAACGUUAAGUAAAGAGAUCGAAAUGAAGGGUGAAAAAAUGAAUAUCAGAAUAUAACCAAUAACAAUAGGCUAAUAAUAAUAUACAAAUAUUACGGGAAAAAGACGAUGGAUUUACAAGACUGUGGGAUGGAUAAAUGUUUUCUUGUGGGCCUAUUUUACUUUAUGUAACAUUCCAUGAUAAACUUCAUUUGAAUGCUGACUAUGGCACGUAAUACAGUACGGUAGGCAUGGUAAUAAUUUAAUAAUGUAAUUUCUAUAAUUAAUAUAAUAAUUUCUUAAUUCUAAAUAAAAUAUUAAUGAAUCCAUCCCGGAUAAUCCCGGGUUGCUAUGGUCACGCAGG